AUGAGGUUUCUGGAUGAGAUAGAAGAAUGCUCCCGCAUAAGUGUAAUUGACUCUAUUGUGGUUGAAAGAUUUCACAAGGAAGCUUGGAAGGAUGAGAAGUUUAUAAGUUCUUUUGAUGAGCUUGAAGACUUGAGUGAAGAUGAAGACAACCAAGUUGCUUGGGUGGAGCCAUUGCAACCUAUCCCUAAAUUCAAGAAGCCCUUUGAAUCUUUGGAGUUGAAGGAAAGUAAUGUUAAGCCUCCAAAACCCUCCAUCCAAGAACCACCGAAGUUGGAGUUGAAACCCUUGCCAAGCCAUCUGAAGUAUGCUUAUUUGGGGGAGAAUGACACGCUGCCAGUUAUUAUAGCAGCAAACUUGGGAGUUGAAGACGAAGGUGCCUUGCUAGAGGUGUUAAAAAAGUAUAAAAAAGCAAUCGGGUGGACUAUGGCGGACAUAAGAGGUAUUAGUCCAACGAUUUGCACGCACAAGAUACUUUUAGAAGCUGGUUGUAGCAAUUCUGUUGAGCAUCAGCGAAGAUUGAAUCCCGUCAUGAAAGAAGUGAUCAAGUGGCUAGAUUAUGGUAUUGUGUACCCAAUUUUGGAUAGCUCAUGGGUUAGUCCUGUUCAAUGUGUGCCCAAGAAAGGAGGAUUCAUGGUGGUAGCUAAUGAGAACAAUGAGUUGAUUCCUACUCGAACCGUGACCGGUUACAAUCAGAUUUCUAUAGCACCAGAAGAUCAAGAGAAAACCACCUUCACUUCUCCAUAUGGCACGUUUGCCUUUAGGAGGAUGCCAUUUGGAUUGUGCAAUGCUUCCGCGACUUUCCAAAGGUGUAUGAUGGCUAUUUUCUCGGAUAUGGCUGAGAGUAUUUUGGAGAUAUUCAUGGAUGAUUUCUCUAUCUACGGGAAUUCAUUUGGGGUUUGUUUGGAGAAUUUGGAGAAAGUGUUAGCAAGAUGUGAAGAAACCAACUUGGUGCUUAAUUGGGAGAAAUGCCACUUCAUGGUUCAAGAGGGUAUUGUGUUGGGUCACAAAGUGUCUAGCAAGGGGAUAGAAAUUGACAAGGCAAAGCUAGAAGUUAUUGAGAAGUUACCAGCUCCUACCACGGUGAAAGCCAUAGGAAGCUUCCUUGGACACGCGGGUUUCUAUAGGUGCUUCAUUAAAGACUUUUCUAAGGUGUCUAAACCCUUGUGUAGCUUGCUGGAACAAAAUAGGCCAUUUGAGUUUACCGCUGAAUGUAAUGAAGUAUUUUUGAAGUUGAAGAUAGCUCUUGUUACGGCCCCCGUGAUUGUAGCACCCGAUUGGUCAUUGCCCUUUGAACUCAUGUGUGAUGCAAGUGAUUUUGCCAUUGGAGCUGUUCUUGGGCAGCGGAAGAAUAAGAUCUUUCAUUCCAUUUAUUACGCAAGCAAAACUCUUGUUGAUGCCCAAAUUAACUACACCACUACUGAGAAAGAGUUGCUAGCGGUGGUUUUUGCCUUUGAGAAAUUCAGAUCGUAUCUUGUGGGAACCAAGGUUAUUGUGUAUACUGACCACUCGGCAAUCAAGUUGGAAACUAACAAUCACAGCAGCCACUUAGAGGGAGAAUUACAAAUUCAAGACUCAUUCCCAGAUGAGCAACUGCUAGUGGUAGAGCAAGCACGGGUGCCAUGGUAUGCGGACAUUGUCAAUUACUUGGUUGGAGGUGCCCAUUCACCUGACUUUACCAAGCAGCAGCUCAAAAAGUUCCUUCAUGAUAGCAAGUUUUAUUUUUGGGAUGAGCCAUACUUGUACAAGCAGUGCCCGAAUCGUAUAAUGCGGAGAUGUGUGCCAACAAGUGAAGUUAGAAACAUCUUGGAGCAUUGUCAUUCAUCCCCAAAUGGUGGCCAUUUUGGUGGACAACGCACGGUGUUACGUGCAGUCUAUGAUGGCACGUUACAAGCUAAUUGA